AUGAGUUUUUCGAAAAAGUCUAAAAGGAUCGCCAAGAAGAAAACCUCGAAAACUUCCGAAAAAGCUGCAGUCGCAGAGUUGACUGAGGAGGAGAAGCCGACACUCAGCCAGACUUUUGCCACGCUGCGCAUCUGCCUGAGAUAUGGAGAGAGCACUGCGAGCAUCUUCACUCGACUGUUCAAACUGCUGGAGAACACGAACCUGGUGCGCAUCCUGAAAGUGCUGCCCGACGAUGAGCUGGGACGUCUGCUGCCCAUGCUGGCGGAGCGUUUGACCCGUCUGCGUGUGGAGAUGUCCGAGAUACCGGAGCUGUGCAGCAUCAGCAAUAAGAUGGGCGUGAAGGAGCUGCGGCAAGUGCGCCACUGCGAAGUGGCACAGGACAAGACGAAGCUGAGUGGCAACAGCUCCAGCUGCAAUUUGCAGCUCCUGGGCGAGCUGCUGCCCCUCCUGGAAGUGCUGAAUGUGCAUGCAGCAAUUGUGGCGCCUUUUCCGGACAAUUUCCGAAAUCUGCAGUCGCUGAUGCUGCGGCAGGGCAUACACCAGCUGGUGCUGGACCAGAUCUGUGCUCACUGUCCGCAGCUGCAGAAGCUGCUGCUGCGCAACGAGUCCUCCGAGUCACUGGACGCGAAGAACCUCUUGAAGUGCUUUCAGCUGAAGGAGCUGCAGAUGCCGCUGAUGCUGCGGUCGCCCCAGGCCGUCUGCUAUUUGACACACCUGCAGCACCUGUCGCUGCAGCGUCUGCAGCUCUGGCCGGGCAUGGACUGGCUGCCGAAUAUUAAGGAGAUUCUCAGUGCCAAGCGCUGCCAGCUGCGCGUCCUAAGCUUCGAUGGCAGCUGGCUGGUGACGCCGCUCGAUCUGUCACUGCUGCAGCUGGGGUACUGCUGGGGCUUGCAGGAGCUGCUGCUGAGCAACUGCAAGCUGGCGGAUCUGACGUCGCAGCCGGAGCUGCCUCUCAGCUGUCGCCGAUUCGGGCUGCGCGGCUGCAAGCUCAACCGGCCGCUGCGCUACUUUAGGAACAUUGCUCAGGUGCAGCUGCUGGAGCUCCAUGACUGCCAGCUGGCCUCUGAUGGACGUCCGUUUCUGCAGUACAUGAUCCUGCAGCGCCAGCGGCAGCCUGCCUUUGCGCCACUCCUGCUGCGCUUCAGCCAGUCCACGCCAAUGCGUGCGGAGCUAGCCGGCUGGACGGCCAGAUAUCGGCAGGAAAAAAGUGCGUGGCUGAAGGUGAUAGAGCUGGAGGAGGGCUUGCACACCUGGCAGCAGCCUAUCGGCACGAUUACCAUGACAUUUGGCAAGCCAAUCGAUCAUAUGCCGGAACUGGAUCUGGGCGGCUCAGCCCGGAAAAGUUAA